CGUGUCCUUUCCAGUCUUUCUUCUCCAGAAUUAGGGCUUUGGGUUUUAGUGUCUGAAUUUGAAAACCUCAAAUGGAGAUCACGGAGAAGAAAGAAUCGGAGAUCACUAACGAAGAUUACAGCACCGACAAUACGCAGGUGGUUGUUGAUUCUACGUUGACUGAUAGUAAUGACAAAGAGGCCGAAGAACGCCAAGCACGCGAACUCAAAGCUGGCUUGCAUCCUCUCAAGCACAAGUUUGUAUUUUGGUACACUCGUCGAACACCUGGGGUUCGAACACAGACAUCUUAUGAGGACAAUAUAAAGAAAAUUGUGGAUUUCAGUACGGUUGAAGGUUUUUGGUUCUGCUAUUGCCACUUGGCCCGACCCUCUACCUUGCCAAGUCCGACGGAUUUGCACCUUUUCAAGGAUGGAAUCCGUCCUCUAUGGGAGGACUCCGCGAACUGCAAUGGUGGCAAAUGGAUAAUUCACUUCAAAAAGGUUGUUUCAGGCCGCUUCUGGGAGGAUCUGGUUCUUGCCUUAGUAGGUGGCCAACUUGAUUACAGCGAUAACAUAUGUGGUGCCGUUUUGAGCAUUCGUUUCAAUGAGGAUAUAUUAAGUGUGUGGAAUCGGAAUGCAUCUGAUCAACAGGCUGUAAUGGGUCUGAGAGAUUCAAUCAAACGGCACUUGAAGCUUCCACACAGCUAUGUCAUGGAAUACAAACCCCAUGAUGCUUCUUUACGUGACAACUCAUCAUAUAGAAACACAUGGUUGAGAGGCUAAAAGUCGCAGCAUCACACAACCUGCAAAUUCAUAGCUGCGUGGAUAAUUAUUUGGACGGCCAUGCUUCAUACGGAGUUUAUUUGCGUAUUGUAAUAUCUGAAAAUCUGAUUAUGAAGUAGUGACCCUUAUUAUAGCCUUUUUUGCCAGGAUUCUGCAAGUUGCUGAACUUAUUAGGCCAUCUCUAUCAAAACUGAACUUAUGUUUUUUAAUUUUAUGAAGACAUAGUUGUCUUGUAUUUGGAUUUAAAAUCCUAUGUUGAAUAUGGCUUGUUUGUAGAUAUUGUUAAAGACAUGUGAGAUGCAAUGGCCAAUUAUGUAGGAUGUUUCUCUCUUA